GCUCUGCCACAGCUUGACUCUCACUGCCUGUACUCUGUUUUCAUGCUCUGUAUAGCUCCAGUCUUAAGUUGAUCAUUGUUCUUUUUCUUCUUCUUUCUUUUUGGUUAUUUAAAUGAAGUCGUCCUUAUUGAAGAAAAAGCUGGAGGAGCAUUUGGAGAAGCUAAGCGAAGCUCACACAGACCUCCGAAAGAAGCGAGAGGUCAUAGAUGACCUGGAGCCCAAAGCGGACAGCAACAUGGCCAAGAAGAUAGACGAACUCCAGGAGAUCCUUCGGAAGAAAGACGAGGACAUGAAACAGAUGGAGCAGCGAUACAAACGCUAUAUGGAGAAAGCCAGAACGGUGAUCAAAACUCUGGAUCCCAAGCAGCCAGCUCCGCCUCCUGACAUUCAGUCUUUGAAAAAUCAGCUGACAGAGAAGGAAAGAAAAAUCCAGCAUCUGGAGCAUGACUAUGAAAAGAGCAAAGCCAGACACAGCCAGGAGGAGAAACUGAUCAUUACUGCGUGGUACAACAUGGGCAUGUCUUUGCAUCAGCAGGUAUCAGGAGAGCGACUGGGAGCGUCCAACCAGGCCAUGUCUUUCCUGGCCCAGCAGAGGCAGUCCACCAACACCAGGAGGGGUCUGAUCCGGCACCAGCCGAGAUGAGACGGCCACGCUGGACGCUGCUCUGAUACGAAGCGAGGCGCAAAGAUGAGAUGGUCUCUGAACUCUCCGCUCCCCUACCUUGAUGCCUUCACUGGACUGCUGCACAUGUUCUCCUCUCUCAUGCUGCUGCUGCCCCCUGCUGGUUGAAAAUGUUUGUUUUCUUCAAGGAGCCACAGUGGGGUUGGUACUACUGAGUAUAAGAGAUAGGAAUGGAGCAGAUGUGCAUGAAGCAGGCUUCGUCACCUUUUCAGGUGACUGUUUUUUUCUGUAUCCUCAACUCAAUCUUUUUUUUUUUUUAUUAUUAUUCAAUGUUAGGUUAAAGAGUAAAAGAGGAGCCAGUUUAGUCCGUUUUAAUGUGAUGGAGAAGGGUGUGUAGAGAAUGACAUUUACUCCUUAUGAAGGCAUACAGUUACAAGUAUAUAGCUAUCAUUAUUCUUUGGAUUUUGUCAAAUUCUCUCCUUGUUUCGUUUGUUUAGUACGUUAACAAAGGAAGGAACCUGAAAACAGGUGACGGGUAUCAGGGUGUGGUUGGGAAGUCUUUUUGAGUUCACUUGAAUCUUUCCUGUGAAAAGCAAUACUCCUGUUGGAGCCCUUUGGGGGUUUUACCAAAUACACUAGAGCACUUUUUAUUUUUCUUAGAAAGCUGGAUGUGUUUAGUGCCUUGAAAAGGAUCAGAAUCUGCUGAUGCACGAAUCGAACAACCUCUUCUCCUUUUUUUUUUUUAAUCACUAAUUUAUGUAUCAGAGUUCAGAUUUGUUUGUAAAAUCAGUUUGUAGGAUUUUUUUUUUCUUAAUAGUGUAAUUUUUUUUUCUUCAUUGUCAACCUUUAAAUGUUGAAACAUGGUACCCGGUUGUGUGCAGGUCCUAAAUGCACUCACUGCUUUACACAGCUGGAAUUAUGUUAAUCCCAGUUUUAAACUGGAUGAGAGGCAGCAAUGAUGACACUACUGAUUAUGAGUCGACUUGGGGCCGUUUUCUGCUGCUAGGCCUCAUUUACACUUGAACUUAAUGGAGCAGGAAGGAAAUGCACGUAUCUUGACGUAAUGCUGGAAUCUUUGCCCUUUUUAUGACAGGAAGUGAGGGGAAGAUAAAAGGCUAAGCCUGCUGAACUGAUCAAACACUAAAUCUGCCUUUUCUUCACCUUUUCACCAGCCUUUCUGUUUUGAUCUAAUCUUUUUUGCUUGUCCCAUAUAGAACCGAUGUCUCGUAACUUGCUUGACCCUGUAAAUGGUGUGUGCCGUUAUCUACGCAGGUCACAGUCCUGUUUUUGUGCACAUUUUUCUAUGAGUUCCUUAUUUUGACGGAUAUUUAUGGGGUAAAGUCGUAGCCACAGAACUUUAGCAUGGUGUGACGGGGUUUUAACUUUUUGCUUCUGUUUCUCAUACUGUGGCCUGAUGGAUGACAUGGCGCUAUGACAGGGAUCUGAGGCAAGUUGAAGAGCUGUAGCCCUUUUUUCAAUUGUCACACCGCAAAUAAACUGGAACUGAAGAUGAAGA